UUGGCUGCCUGGGUAGACUCAGCAACACAACGAGGGGCACAGUGGACGGAGGACCGGUUUUGGCUGGAGUUAGGGUGGGAAAGGCGCACUCUCGAUCCAGGCCUUGGGAUGUGGGCGUCGUUGGGUUGGCAAGCAUCCCGGUGAUACCCCGGCAGCAGGCACGCCGUUACACCGGGCGGUGCCAGAUAGGACAGCCAUGAAAACCCGGCCCACAGGAGUCCGUGCCUCCAAUUCUGACUGGAUGGGUUCGCUUUCACCUAAACUCACAGCCAUGCCCUUAAAGCAUCUGGCUGUGCCAGGCUCCCACGACUCCUUUAGUUUCUGGGUGGAUGAAAAAGCUCCAGUGGGUCCUGACCAGAAGGCCAUCGUCAAGUACCUGGCCACAGCCUUUCGCUUCGUGUCCAAGAAGGUCAUGAAGAAGUGGUCCAUGACCCAGAACCUGACGUUCAAAGAGCAGCUUGAAGCAGGGAUUCGUUACUUUGACCUGCGCGUGUCGUCCAAACCUGGAGAGUCCGGCACUGAGGUCUACUUCAUCCACGGCCUGUUUGGGCACAAGGUGCGUGAUGGUCUGUUGGACAUAAACUCUUUCCUGGAUGCGCAUGGUAAGGAAGUGGUGUUCCUUGACUUUAACCAUCACUACGCAAUGGGGGAGGAGCAUCACGCCUACCUCAUCAACAUGCUUCGGGAAGAGUUUGGACGCAAACUCUGCAAGAUCAGCGCUGUCGAGGCAAUCACCCUAGACUACCUCUGGGAGAACAAGUACCAGGUCAUUGUGUUCUACCACCACUCGUCGGCGGACGGCUGUCCAUUGAUGUGGCCCGGAAACAAGUGUCCCGCUCCGUGGGCUAACACUACCGACACGUCCAAACUCUUCCAGUUCCUGGAAACAACGCUUGGUGAGAGAGCUGAGAAGGGGUCGUUCCACGUGACUCAGGCCAUUCUCACCCCCAGGGUCAAUACCAUCGUAAAGGGCCUUGUCCGGGGCCUUCGCAGCUACCUGGUGGAGAGGAACCUUCCCGUCAUACUGACAUGGGUGGAGACCCAGAAGCCUGGCGUCGAUGGUGUCAACAUAAUCACGUCAGACUUUGUGGAGCUGACCGACUUCGCCAACACGGUCAUCAACCUUAACAAUCUCCUGUUGACUGAACAGGCCGGCAAAAAAACAUGACCAACGCCAUGUGACAUUUUGAAUGGGUAGACUGGACGUGAGUCCAAAGGAAACAGAACGAGAUAUGUUCACGAUGCGGUUCUAUCCAUCAUGGCAGCUGCAUCACUGAUCGCAGGGUCACUCUUGGGUGGGAUCACCUGUAUUGAUCCGACACUCAAGACAAACAUCAUGACAGAAACUCAAAGCUCACAUGUUCAGCAUUGACGGACAAUGGUCAGGAACAUGUCCAUACUGUCCUCAGGACUGUAGCAGCGUAUAAGAAUUGAGACUAUGUGCCACACACACACAGACACACACACAAACAAAUGCUCACAACCCAUUCAACACUUUUUUGGUAGCAGUUUUAACAGCUGUGUGUUGACACAUAGUUAACACAUUCAUGAUUGAUCACAGCAAACUAGCAAUGAUAGUCUGGCUUCGCCACUCACACAGCUGUUUGGAUCUCACUCUCUCUCUCUCUCUCUCUCUCCCUCCCUCUCUCUCUCUCUC